AUGUCUGCCUGUUCUAGCCCCGCUCGCUAUAUACCCCCUCACAAGCGAGGCCGAUCGCAGUCCUCGACACCAUCAGAGAGUCGGAAUUCCUCAAAUGAAAGCAAUAAAUCACAUAUUUUGAGGAAACUGGCAAACCCGGAAUAUGUCUGGCCAUCACUUACGCGAGACAAUUGGGCGGUGGGAGUGGUAGCAUUUUUGCCCUGGGAAGAGAACCGUACAGCACCAAUUCGCUGUACCAGAUGUAAGAAAAAGGACGGCACACCUGAUAAACAUGCUCUUGAGAAAAAUGCUCAAGAGCAUCCUGUGAUCAUCCUUCGAAAGUCACCGCCAGAGAUUGAGGACAAAGACCUCAUGUUAGAGGUCGUAUUUACCUCGUCGAAUCCGCAGCCAUAUCGCGACGACGCCGGCCACAUCAUCGACAAGUCUCGCUCUUUCCCGAUUCGGGGAACCAACCAGGACAGGCAGAUAGAUUCAGACAAAUAUGAAGUUGAAAAUACCCUGGAUAUCUGUGCAACACGAAAAAAGCGGUCAUACGUGCUGAGUAACCACGUUUACCGCGCCCCCUUCAGCGAACUGCAGUGUUGGUACAAUAGCGAAGACCGGCUCACUAAGGACGCCUACAAGCUCCUCAUGUCGCUUGUUGGGAUUAUACCCACGGAAAAAUGGGAGGACUUCACUCCUGCCAAAAAGCCGGCCGAGAGGGUCAAGGAACAGAAUUGGAAUAGCAUGAAGACCACCAGCCAAGUGGUGGUCACAGCUGUUUCAAUUAAGGCAUAA